ACGAUGCUGCCCCACCUGUCAUCGAAGGUAAUUAAAGCUGUGGUAGAGUGAUAAGGGAGUAUGAGCAGUGUAGUGUAAUAAUGUCAGUGACACGGCGCCCCACAGGCAGGAGACAUAAUAACACCCGGAGACGAGCCAGCCGUCCGCGGCCAUCACCAGUCCACCACCACCCACCGAGGCCAACCACAGCUGCUGGGUUGUCGCGGCCGCAUUGCCACAAAGCUCUCGGCGACAAUGGCGACGGCGUGGGUGCGCUCGCUCAGCUGCAGGUCCUCCUACGCCGUCAUCGACGCCGCCGUCGCGCCGUCUCCGGCCAAGAAGCCGCCGUCGCCGCCGUUCCCGGUCUCGUGCGCAGCUGCCGCAGCCGCGGACGUGAUGGAUGCCGUGGCGUUCGCGCAGCACGCGAAGAAGAAGAAGAUGGGGAGGGAGAGGGAGAGGCGGAGGGAAGCGCGGGAGCGGCAUGAGCCGCGGCCCCGGCCCAAGAAGAAGCCGAAGCCGAUGGCCUCCGCGACGACCGCGCUGUUCAUGCCAUCGCCGGCGCCAGCGCCCGUGAGCUCGGCGUUCCUGACGAUGGCAGAGCUGCCUGAGGGCCACUCGUCGCGGCGGGUCGUGGAGCUCAUCUUCUCGUCCGGGUGGGGCGGCGCGGCGGGGGCCCCGGAGCCGGCCGUGGAGGCGCUGUUCCGUGUCCACAGCGCGGCGCGCGCGGUGGCGCGGUUCGAGGAGGCGAGGGCCACCGCCCGCGCGCACGGCGCCGCUGCGCGGUGCGGCGCCGACGGCAACGAGAUGAUGCGCUUCCAGUGCAGCGCGUCCGCCGACGCCGGCGGGGUGUUCGGCGCGGGCGUCGCCACCUGCCGCAUCGGCCCGUCCGUCUCCGCCGUGCGCACGUUCGCCUGCAGCGGCGCCGCCCACGCCAGCGCCGGCGGCUGUGUCACCACCGGCCGCAGGGCGAUGCUGGUGUGCCGCGUUAUCGCUGGUCGCGUCCGCCCCGCCAACGACCCGUCCCUGCGCCGCGCCCACACCACCGCCGUCGACUACGAUUCCGUGGACAUGGGCAACGGCGAGCUCGUGGUGAUGGACAGCCGCGCCGUGCUCCCCUGCUUCCUCAUCAUCUACAAGGUCUAGACUCUUGGACAGCAUUAACCAACCAACCAUAGUGACCGUUAACCUCUCGUUAAUCACCCUACUAAUCCUUAGCCUCCUCUCGUCGUCAUCUUUUUUGGGUCUCCUCUUUACUCUGCUUUCUGGAGUGUCAGAUGUAGUAGCAACAGAAAUGGAGCCUGUGUGUAAAAAUCAGUACAAAAACCGCUUCUUUUUUGGCUUUGAAUCUCGAAAUGGUAUAGAAACAUUUUGCUUUUGGUUCUCCAUUCAAACAA